CGACCCAGCCACCCAACCAAGCAUCAACAAUCCCUUCAAACACAUCCGAGCAAUUCGCCAGACAAACGCAGCCGAGAAAACCUUCCUUGCUUCGAGCAAUCCGUCGCUGAAACACCAGCUUUCCAGCGCAAACCAAAACCGAAUAUCACCCACAAACCAGAAUCAAGAUGGUGUUCUACAGGAAGGAUCAAGAAUCGCAGCAACUGACGGACGAGGAGAGGCGCAAGAAGAAGAUGAAGUGGACGAUCGGCAUCAUUGCCUUCGUCAUCUUCCAGGUAGUCCAGGCCCUCUUCUUCGUCCUUGUCAUCAUGAAGUUCAAGUCUCCCAAGUUCAGGGUGAGUGAGUUCGACAUCCAGUCCCUGAACGCCGGGACUCAGGCCUCACCCUCGUUCGACAUGACCUUCGUCGCCCCGAUCCGGAUCAAGAACACCAACUGGGGUCCCUUCAAGUACGGUGCUUCUGCCGUCAACUUCACCUAUGGAGGUGUCCAAGUGGGACAAGCGAUCAUUCCGAAGAGCAAGGCCAACUUCAAGUCCACCAAGAAGAUCGAUGCCACUGUGACCUUGAACUCCGCGAACUUGUCGAGCGAUUCGACUCUCGGGAGCGAGUUGAGCUCGGGGGUCAUAACCUUGAACAGCCAAGGCGAGCUCAAAGGGAAGGUGACCGUCAUGUUCAUGUUCAAGAAGAACAAGACAUCUCAAAUGAAUUGCACCAUGACCAUUGAUGUGUCCACGAAGGCACUAAAGUCCUUGUCAUGCAGAUGAGAGUUCAGAGGGUGAUCUCUUGUAUUAGAUUAUUGUUUGUGUGGCCUGCUUAUUUGUUUGCCUCGAAUUCUUUUUGAACUAUGUGUCCUAUCAUUAUUCAUUGGCUUCCGGUCGUGUUGUGUGUAUACUUAGAAUUUGUACAUUUUCUAUUGUAAUUGGAAUGGAGGAUUUUUUUGCUU